AUGCCGGCGACGACGUCCGAGCUGGUCAAGCCCCGGAAAGGGAAGACCCGCAAGCCACGUUCGCUGCUGCUGCUGCUCAAGAGCUUUGUGGGGCUGCGUGUCCGCAUUGAGCUGAAGAACGACUGUGUCAUCGAAGGCGUCGUGCAGGAAGUCCUGAAUGACAUGGACUUUACGCUCUUAGAUGCCUGCGAAACAAAGCCGAGCGGCUUGACUGUGAUGCUGGACGAAGUGUUUGUCAUGGGCAAGACAGUGCUGUGCGUGCACAUUCCCGACCGGAUCAACAUCUCGCACCAUUUGCAGCAAUACACCCGGAUGCUGCGGCAGAGUGCAACAAUGUAUACAAGGGCAAAGCGCACAUCCAGCUCGACGCAGUAG